CAGCACAAAACUCUGACUUUGUUAUUAAAAUAAUAAUAAUGGCGAUGGUGAGCAGCACGCCUGCCCCACUGCGGUCCGCAGCCUGUCCUCUGAUUGGCUAACGUCAGCGGAAAGGCGAGUGACGCAAAAAGAAAAUGGCCACCUUUGGCUACGUGCCAAGCCAAUUUCAGCAGCAAGAAAAGAGCAGUCUUGAAGCAGCUGCUGAAGCAGCAGCCAAAGUUAAUGCUAUGCUAAUUGCCAAAGGGAAGCUCAGACCCAACCAAGUGAAUAAUAGUCAGCAGAACCAUAAAAAGGCCAGCUCAAACAACAUGGUGGCAGCAGAAGUGGAGAUAAAUGAUGCACCACUGGCUUUGCGAAACAUGCUGACUCGUGGUCCCACUCAAGAAGAGAUUACAAAGUUCAGUGGAGCAGCUGUUUCAACCAGAGGUCGUUACAUGACUCCAGUGGAGAAAGGGAAAAACACGGGUGAAAGGCCACUUUAUUUAUAUGUUCAAGGUCCAACACAAGACUCAGUUAAUGUUGCUGUGCAGAGAAUAAAUGAAAUAUUGACUGGUGGCAAGAAUGGCAAUGGUACAGGUGGUGGGUUGGUGCGUACACCGGGCCCUGGCCCACCUCAUCCUCCAGGUCCACCACCAGGACCAGGGCUUCUGCCAGUCCCUGGCAUUCCCAUGCCACCUGUACAUCAACCUCCUCCCAUGCUUGCAGCACCCAUCCAACCACCAGAACUGCAGCAGAUAACAGUGGUAGAGGAAAAGCUAUAUAUUGGGCUUGAACAUGCUCCACCCAGCUUCGAUGUGAAAAACAAAAUCCUUGGGCCUGGUGGAAGCUACCUAAUGCACAUACAAGCAGAGACAGGUGCCAAGGUGAUGUUGCGAGGGAGGGCUUCAGGUGUCCCAGAGCUCAGCACGGGAAGAGAGUCCUAUGAGCCAAUGCAUAUCCAUAUUCAACAUCCCAGUAUGCUGGGUCUACAGCAGGCCAAACAGCUUGCUGAAAACUUGAUUCAGACUGUCCAACAAACGUACGCCACUUUUCAGCAGGCUUUGGCCGCGCUUCCGUCUCCAGCUGUUGUCCCUGGGCCCACUGCCUUUAUUACUGGCAUUCCUCAGCCCACAUCCAUAUCGGAGGCCGCACUGAUGGGUCCUCCUCCAGGAAUGGCAGGCCUAACUGGCUUGCCAGAUUCCCAGCUUGUACAGUCUGCUUCAGGCUUACAGCCAACACAGACUGUUAUUGUGCCAAGUUCUUCCAUUUCGUCUGUCAUCAUGCCUGCCGGCACUAUUGCAUCCUUAUCAGCAAUAAAUCCAGCUCUAGGUAACCAUGGAGGUCAGCCAGGUGCACCUGGUGUGAUGCUGCCAACCACACUGAGUCUCACCUCUGUUCCCAUAGUCAGCACUAUGCCCAUAACAACACAGACACACAUCCUUCAAGCUCCUCAUGGAGCACUUGAUAUAGGGCAACAACAGCUGAUCAUGAACCAGGUGCCAGCACCUCAGUCACUGGCCCAGAUGAGCCUUGCUCCUCAGAUGUCAGCCCCCACAUCUCUUCCCGUGUCUAUGGCUUCUCUUGUGUCAAUGCCCAGCCAGCUUCCUCCUGCUGCCUCUUAUCCAGGUCUCCAGGCAACCAUGCAUCUGAUGUCCCAAGCAGCACCUUCAUCUGUCCCACCUGGUCUUGGUCCCCCUUCACCUAUGGCAGGACCACCACCUGGACCGGCACCACCAUUCCAGACAAUCUAUAGUGCUGAACAGGUGGGCAGUGGGCCACCAUACAACCCCAUGUCAACAUCACUGCUUAUCUCCACAUCCCCAUCAUCUGUCAUCUACUCGGUAGCUGCCAGUUCCUCUUUGGUCACAAACACACCAACCAAAGAUGUUGAGCCAAUGAGACGUCGCUUUACUGAAGAGAAAGAUGAUAAGAUUCCAGAAAACUUGCUUGGUUACCAGCAUGGGCCUCCUCACCUUGUUAACCUGGUGUGCCCAAGUCCUCCACCACAAGGUCAGCCAGGAAUGCCCCCUGGUCAACCUGGAUUGCCCCCAGGGGCUCCCACAUUAUCUCAGGGACAAUCAGGACUUCCCCCUCACCAGUCAGGUUUGCCUCCUGGGCAUCCAGGCCAUUUGACCCUGUUGCAAGCCCCAGGCACUCUACCUCCAGGACAACCUCCCAUGCAGCCAGGGCUCCAGCCUGGCCACCUGGGGCUCCAGCCUGGUCUGGGCCAUGUGCACCAUGGCAUUCCUACCUCAUUUGCUGUGCAGUCUCUUCAUGCUAUUCCUGGUCAUCCUGGCCCCCCACCACCUGGAGCUCCUCCUGUAUCACAGACAUAUUUAUUGCCUCCUUCUUCCAUAUCAGAUGAUGGUCGGUUUACCAUGUCCGCAAUCAACACUGCUGCUGGGUUGAUGCCACCGCCACCUCCGCCUGUUGCAGUGCCACCACCUAACGGAGAAGUUGUACCAGGUGGGAGGGAGCACAGCAAGCAUCUCAUGCCACCACCCUCCUCACGACCUGAAAAGCACAGAUCUUCACCUAGCGGUUUGUUUUAUGGUGGAGGUAAGCGAAAUGCAUCCAACGGAGACCGUGGCUCAGAACAGGAUAGAAAACGAAGGAAAGCAGAGACUGGAUCAGAUGAAGAAGAGGGUAGAAGCCAGUCACCAUCAGUCCAUCGUGACUCUCCAAAGCCAGAGGCUCCAGGCCAGGUUUACCAAGCAUCUUCUCCAGCAUAUAGCCCAACACGGGAACAGUCUCCUGGUCCCCCGCAACUGCCCUCCCCACUACCACAGCAUCCCCACUACCAGCAGUUUGACCCUAGCCAAGGCUUGCCUCCACACAUGGUGCACACUCUUCCUGCAGUCAGCCAUGGGCCUCCCCCAUUUGAUCAGCAGGUGCCGCCGCCUCCUCCUCAUCAGCACUUUAUGGAACCUGGGGCACAACCCCCACCACCUCCAUUGCAAUAUCAAGAAAUUGCUCACCAAUUCCCUCCCCCUGGGCCACAUGGACCUUUGGUUGGACACAAUCAGGCUGAGCUGAUGGUGGCUUCUGUCAGCCAAGCCCCACCCAGUCAUAGUCCCUACCCACCUUUCUCCCAGACCUACAGCCCGUCUGCACCUCCCAGUCAGUACAUCGUAAGUCAUCCGGCUGCUACGCCCUUGGGAUACACCACCCCACAGUUCAUGCCUCAGCACCCGGGACAGGCUCCGCGUUUGCAUCCACACCAGGGCCCCCCUCCACCUCCACCACCUGUGUCAUCACCACACUAUCACCCUGUGCAUGCUCCACCUCAGGCCUACUGGCAUACUUGAAAUUCAGCUGGAUUUUGAUAUCCUGGAGCAAAUGUGGCGAGAUGUUGAUUCUACCCAGAACCCUUCCAUAAAGCUAAGGCAUUGUAAGGAUGUUGAGCUUUAUUUGUAAUAUGGAAGUUUCACUAGGGCAGGCACUUGCUUCAGGUUCUGCUUUGUAGGAUGAUGGUAGCAUCAGAUGCUAAAAUCUUGCCCAAGUGAAUCAAAAGUUGAGAGGUGCAUAAAUAAAGUCAUGGACUGGCAGUCGAUAACCCUGACCUUAUGCCGAGAAGUGUACUCUGCCAUUUGUAGUGUUUGUGAAGCAUAAAGAUGGCGUUGGGUAUGUGACAAUGUGAAGGCAGGUCAGUUUAUUGAAAAUAAGUGUCCGAUUGAUAGACUUUGCAAAGCAAGAUUUACAACUGCUUGAACAGGCAUCAUUGCCACAGAAAUCAUUGCCUUCUCAGUCAAGAGGGUUGCUCAUAAAGCUUAUACUACAAGUGUAAUGAUUUUAAUUUUUAAUUGCAGUUGCAAUUGUUUCCUUUAUCACUGUAUAUAUUAUGAACAGCAGCUUGCUGUCUCGUUUUUUGUUUGUUUUUUUUAAUUGUGUUUUCCUAGGCUACCAAUGGCUUUCAUCUUUGCACUUUCUUGGAAGUAAGUUUGUGUGCAUGCUUGUGUAUCUGUGCAUGCAUGUAUGAAUGUCAGCAUCAGCAAACAAUGAGCACCAUUGGUGAGGAUAAAUUGUUGACCGUUGCAUGUGAGCAUAAUUUAUGGGUGUGCAGAUGAAAAUAAACAGUUGUUUGACGUUG